UGUUGAUCUUGCAACAUCAAAUACGGUGCGUGAUUAGUCGGUUGCCAAUAAAUCUGGCUCUGAUUUUAGUCGGUUGCCAACAAGCUUAACCCGAAAGAACGGUGCAUGAUUAGUCGGUAACGUCACGAGAUUCGGUCCACUUAAACCCUUAGUCGUUGCAAACGGUAGCCACCUUUCCUAAAUCGACGGCUUAAUUGCCGGAUAUAUCAGAUCGGCAUGGCUUCGCCGUCGCCGUCGCCGCAAAAGAAAAGGAAGGGCACGUCUUCGGGGAGCAGAGACCGCCUGAGCGACCUCCCAGACGCCCUGCUGGGCCACGUCCUCUCCUUCCUCCCGAAGAAGGAGGCCGGCCGUGCAGCGGGGCUGUCCCGGCGGUGGCGCGACGUCUUCUGCAACGUCCACGCCGUCUCCUUCGGGGAGCGCCCGGGCGCCAGGGCCACCGACUGGACCACCUUCUACCACGAGGCGGAGGAGAAGAAGAGCUGCAGCGCGGCGCUCCUCGACGACGUCUGCUCCACGCUUCUCUGUCGCCGCCGGAGCGCCGAGCACCACGUGCCGCUGCGCAGCUUCCGCUUCGCCUUCAACCGGUGCCACCACUGGAACUUCGUCCACGUCGACCAGUGGCUCUCCUACGUGCUGCGGCACGGCAACCAGGAGCUCCACCUCGACCUGUGCUUCAAGAUCGCCCCGAUCUGCGAUGACAAGGCCGUGGACAGCGGCACCGACAACACCGACGACGAGGACGAGUCCUCCAAGCUGAGGAGGCGGUGGGUAUACGUCCUCCCAAAAAGGCUCUUCACCUGUAGGGUCGUACGGACUCUAUGCGUCGCCUAUUGCCGGCUGAAGCUGCCGGCGGCCGUCAACCUGCCGCUCCACGAGACUCUGAGCAUCACGGCUCCCCACAGCGAUGGUGGGAGAAGCAUCCAGCGGCUGAUCUCCGGCUGCCCCCGCCUCGUCAACCUAACGCUGGAAGCUGUUCACCGCCUGAAAGUGCUCUCCGAGGAUGCAGGGUUUACGGGGUUCAGGGUGUUCAUGCAAAAAAUCAGUGAUGCCAAGCACCUCCACCUGCACCAUCGUAAACUGGAGGGAAGGUUCUUCUCAGGUUUCCCUUUGUUCUCAAUCCUGACGAGGCUCGUCUUGCAAGGCCCGCUCGUGAAUUGCGGCACCGUCGUCUCGGUGGGUAGAAUCCUGGAGCAGACCCCGAACCUGGAGGUCCUGUCGCUGUACAUGGAAGUGCAUGUCGUGUACACGAAAAAGAAAGAUGAUACCUUGGGCAGGGACCUGACCAUGGGCGAGGAAGAUGAUGAGGAUGACCUUAUGGAGAAGGAGAAGGAUGCGGAUGAUUCGUCGGUAGCUCCCGAUGAGGAGGCCAUGGUUCCUGAUGAGUCGAGCUUCUCGAUGCCGUGUCUGCGGCACCGAGUGAAGGAGAUCAACAUGGUGCACUACGUGGGCGACGAGACGCAGAGGAUGAUGGCCAGGCUGCUGUUCGGCAACGCGCUGGUGCUUGAGAGGAUGUGCGUCGUCCUCGUGAAGGGGACAUUUGCGCUGCAGUCUAAGCUCAAGAACGAGAUAGAGAGCUGGGUGGUGGCCGAUGCAGAAAAGGUUUUCCUGUGA